CAUACGACUCUAUUCAGAGCUCAGAUACGCCCUCAACGCUGAGAUUGCUCGCGUUCUCGACCUUGCCCACUCGCUUUGACUGAAGUGGGGGUGUGACCUCGCCGACUGGGGAAUCAACUGGUGUCUGAGUCGGUUAUUCUCCACGAAAAGUGCAGGCCGAGAGUUGUCUGUGAAAUCGACCGUCCUCAAGAAGGAUCUGACCGCGCUAGUCCCGUUCCGGGACUGGGGUUAUUUUUCCCAGGCGGGAAGCGACUGGGAGCUUCAUCGUGUCGACGAGUUUGUAAGAAUCCCUCCGUGAAGAAUGAGAGAAAGCAACUCGCGACGCAGCAUCAAUAAAGAACGCUCGCGAGCAGAAGCUUCGAAGAUGAUUUCCAAAGUGAGACGGAGUCGGCGAUCCGCCUUCGCUGCACUCGUACUUCUGGAAGGGGAAAAAGUUGUUUUUGAAAUGAAUGUGUAUCCUACGCAAGUGAAGCGAGUUUCGGAUACUUUGUGGAAACUCAUCAGGGUCCCGAAAGACUACGUGAGAAGUCUGUGGCGAGAGGGCGAGUGUCACCCUAAAGCUGUGUGGAGACUCGAGUUUUUCGCCACGAAGGAUGUCUUCGACGUGAGCAUCCCCGAGGACGAUACGCUCCACACAGCUAAUUAUGCGAAGGAUUGCGAUCCCGAAGAGGUAAUCAAAGUGCCUCCCACUAUUUUUCUCCUCCCGACGAAUCCCGUAUUCCACCCAUUGCGGGGACUUUGGAUGUCAGGGAGAGACCAGACGGACUUCUCCCCAACGUCGGGAAUGAAUCCGAGAGUCGCCUACAAGGUGCUCCGCAGCGUCGCUCUGACAAAGAGAAGAAUCAACUCCUUCGAAAACUAUUUCGCCGCCCGGAACCUGAGUCUAGUUCAUAUACUCGGCGUUGGAGGUUUCGGAAUCGCUGUCGCCGUGAGAGACGGUGAAGGCCUUCUAUCAGUUCUUAAGCUAAUUCCGCUAGAAGAAGAAAAAAUGACGCAUAUCCUCCGUGAGAUCUUCAUAACAGCGAGCGUGUCGAACCUGAAAUCUUGUUACGGGGAUCGUGUGGGUUUCCCGAAAUACCAGAACUGCGCAAUCGUGAGCGCGCCUCUCGACUCACGGAUAGAGUUCCUCUUAGAAGACACUAAGGACGGCCAUUACUUCGUUUCGCCCAGCAUGACGAAAUGGUUGGCCAUUGAGAUCGAAUACGGAGGAAACAAUCUCCGGCAGUACGCACGAGCUCCCGAAGGGAACCUGCGUUUGAAACAUCAUGGCGAUGCUUUGUCCAUCCUCGCUCAAGUUAUCAACACCUUAGCUAUCGCGGAGGCAAACCUCGAGUUUGAACACCGAGACUGUCAUUGGGAAAACAUAUUGAUUCUGGAAGAAGAACCGUCGGAGUGCGAUCGAGUUUUUCUCGAAUCGAACGGGAGAAUCCACUCCAUUCCAUCGUUCGGAAUGAAGGUGAUGCUGAUCGAUUUCGGUCUAGCGCGGUGCCGAACCCCGCAUGGGGUCGAGUUCCUGGACGUGAAGCGCAUUUUCCCAGCGAUCCUUCAACAAUCUGGAUCGGUCCAGUACGAUAUGUACAGACGGUUGAGCAAGGCUAUUGGAGGUUCUUGGCGCGGUUUCCGUCCGCGAACGAACGCCUUGUGGAUUGAGUACCUUGUAGAUAAGCUCCUGGAUCGCAUCGGAUACGCAUCUGAGUACUGGUCCCGUGAGACGGACGACACGUGUCUUCUCGAGAAUUUCAGACGGAUUCUGAACGAUCGUUCGCCACGGAAUGCCCGAAACUGCCUGGAUGUCCUCUGUUCUUUGUUAGCUGGCAGGAAGGUGGAAUAGCCACGUAAAUCUCUGAUCGAAGGGGUUCUCUUACGCUCCUCCUAUUUUGUUCUCGGUUGACCCUUUCGGCUGGAGUAGGGUCGGCAAUCCCAUUUAGAUUCAAUAUCUGACUUGUAUAAUAGACCGCUGCGGUUUCCGGAGUUCUAUGACGACUAAUAAAAAGCCGACUUGACU